AUGAAGAUCUCCCAGUGCAGCACCACGGACAGAGCCACCCACCUCAGCACAGGAGACAGGUGCGCUCACGUCAGCACCAUGGACAGUGGCACUCAGGUCAGCAUUGGCGAAGGCUGCAUUACCUUCAGCACCAGGCCAACCAAAGCUCUGCUCACCCAACACAGCUGUACAGGAUUACUAAUCAGCACACCUGCAAGGCAUUCUCUAAUCAACGGACUGGCACAAGAGUGCAGGCUGGACCUCACUCAAAAGACCCUCUACCUGAAGUGUGGAGCGAAGGCCCUGGCUGGAAGUCGGAGCCUGGAGCUAGAGUUGGGACCCAUGCCCUGUGUUGAUGUUAGCCCAUGGGGCUGGAGGGCUUGCAUCGGGUUCAGUGCGUACGUGCCCAAAAACAACAGGGGGCAGGCAAAACAGGUCAAGGGCAGGCAGAGGUCAAUAAUCCAGAUCAGAGUCCAAAAGGUACAGAUCGUCAGGCAGUCUCAGGGUCAGGGCAGGCAGAGGUCAAUAAUCCAGAUCAGAGUCCAAAAGGUUCAGAGCGUCAGGCAGUCUCAGGGUCAGGGCAGGCAGAGGUCAAUAAUCCAGAUCAGAGUCCAAAAGGUUCAGAGCAUCAGGCAGUCUCAGGGUCAGGGCAGGCAGAGGUCAAUAAUCCAGAUCAGAGUCCAAAAGGUACAGAGCGUCAGGCAGUCUGAGGGUCAGGGCAGGCAGAGGUCAAUAAUCCAGAUCAGAGUCCAAAAGGUACAGAUCGUCAGGCAGUCUGAGGGUCAGGGCAGGCAGAGGUCAAUAAUCCAGAUCAGAGUCCAAAAGGUACAGAGCGUCAGGCAGUCUCAGGGUCAGGGCAGGCAGAGGUCAAUAAUCCAGAUCAGAGUCCAAAAGGUACAGAGCGUCAGGCAGUCUCAGGGUCAGGGCAGGCAGAGGUCAAUAAUCCAGAUCAGAGUCCAAAAGGUACAGAUCGUCAGGCAGUCUCAGGGUCAGGGCAGGCAGAGGUCAAUAAUCCAGAUCAGAGUCCAAAAGGUACAGAUCGUCAGGCAGUCUCAGGGUCAGGGCAGGCAGAGGUCAAUAAUCCAGAUCAGAGUCCAAAAGGUACAGAUCGUCAGGCAGUCUCAGGGUCAGGGCAGGCAGAGGUCAAUAAUCCAGAUCAGAGUCCAAAAGGUUCAGAGCGUCAGGCAGUCUCAGGGUCAGGGCAGGCAGAGGUCAAUAAUCCAGAUCAGAGUCCAAAAGGUACAGAUCGUCAGGCAGUCUCAGGGUCAGGGCAGGCAGAGGUCAAUAAUCCAGAUCAGAGUCCAAAAGGUUCAGAGCGUCAGGCAGUCUCAGGGUCAGGGCAGGCAGAAUGGUCAAAACCGGGAAACUAGAAAACAGGAACUUCAGAAAAGACAACAGCAGCAGCUUGAUGAACAAAACGAACUGUGCUCUAACACCUAUGGAAAUGGAGAGGGUUUGAGUGGGGAUGCCCAGCUCGGACGUCAGGGUAACGUCCAUGAGACUCACAUCAGCUCAGAGUCGAUGAGUACCCGGCGAGACUUGGACUGGUCGCCCCCACAGCAGGGUGGCACGGAGAGGGGAACGAGUAAGGGGAGAAGAACAAUUAUCUUUAAGACCCACCAGAGUACUCAGUCCAACGAAUGA